AUGGCCAAUCCUGACGGUGGUACUUCUGGGGGCAAGAAGGAGGCAUUGGUAGUGGGUGGUUUCCGAAUCGAAGGAAUUUCUUUAGCAGGACAGAACACCAGCGUGGCCCUGCCACAGCUGAAAUUGGCCUUUGACAUUGGUAGGUGCCCGCAGCGGUCGGUCUACCAACAAACGGUAUUCAUUUCCCACGGGCACUUGGACCACAUUGGGGGUCUCCCUUUCCACGCAUCGUCCAGGAAGCUGCUGGAUCUAACGACCUCCCAAUUUGUCGUGCCGGAACACCUGGCAGAGGACCUGGAGCUGAUGAUGAAGGCGUCUGGCAGCCUCAGCGACAACGUCUUCGUGUACGAUGUUCACACACUAAAGGCAGGGGAGGAGUACAAGUUGUCUAAUGGACACGUGGCGCGUUGCUUUCCCACAGUGCACACGGUGCCGGCUCAGGGAUACGUUGUGUAUUCGCGGAGACAGAAAUUGAAGCCUGAGUUCCAGGGUAGGGCGGCUUCCGAAAUACGAGAAGCAAGACAGGCAGGAGUGCAGAUAGCAGACACGGUGGAGAUCGCCGAGGUGGCCUUCACCGGCGACACCACUGCCGACUUCUUGUCCCUGAGCACCUCCGCCGACGCCCUUAAGGCCAAGCUCCUGAUCAUGGAGAUGACGUACGUUGACGACAGCGUGACAGUGGAGAAAGCAAUGGAUAAUGGCCACAUGCACAUCAACCAGUUUAUUGAGCAUGCUGACAAAUUUGAGAACGAUGCGAUUCUACUCAUCCACUUCUCCCCGCGCUACACAAGAGAUCAAAUACUGGCAGCGUUGGACCGCCUGCCGGCCUCGCUCAGGUCCAAGUGCAGCGCCCUGUUGGAGGGUUUUCCGUGA